GGGGACUGCGGAGAACUGGAAGCGCAUCGUGGCCACAGGUGUGCCUGUGAACGUCCUUCUCCGUUAUGUCUUACCCGAAAGCUCGAUCUAGCCUUGCGCGGAAGUUGUGUUACAGUUGGUAAUAUUAAGCAAUUUGAAAAAAUAGUUGAAGCUUAUCCACAAAAUACCGUGGGUAUUAUUGUAACGUCAUCUCAAAAAAGAUGCUCAUUCAAUAGUUCGAAACGUGCAAAGUCUUCAAAGUCUUCAGCUAGUAUUUUAUUUACGAGUGUUAAUGAAAUGGCAACUGAUAUUCCGGCAUACUUUUUAUUAAGAAAGGAUUAUUAA